AUGACUUCAGUUCCAGUGCUGGUUGUACUCGACUUUACUCUUCCAUUUGAGGUUCAUACCGACGCAUCGGGACAAGGAAUUGGAGCUGUCCUAGUCCAAAAUCAGCGGCCUAUUGCAUUCAUUAGCCAAGCUUUUUCCUCCCAGUCCCGACAAAAAUCAGCAUACGAGAGGGAGCUGAUGGCAAUUGUGUCUUCUUCAGCCUUUACCCAUCCAUUCCGGGUUUUUGAAAAUAUCAGCAUGGACUUCAUUGGAGGGUUACCAAAAGCAAAAGGACAGCUCCACGGAUUUCCCAAGUCCGUAGUUUCGAACCGUGAUAGGAUCUUUAUCAGCCAAUUUUGGCAGGAGCCGUUCGAGGCCGCCGACACUUCGCUGAAGUUCAGUUCUGCAUAUCAUCCUCAAACCGAUGGCCAGACGGAGGGAGUCUUAACAAUUAUCUUCUUUAAUAUAUGCAAUUUUAGGAUGCGAUGGCUUUCUGACAAUAGCAGUCUGAGAAGAUUUCAAUCCUCUGGACUUUUUGGAGCUCGAGUUGAUUUACAAGGCUCUACCCCAGGACUUCAUGCAAUUUUUACUAGCGAGGAUGAUACCUAGGAGUCUUGGCUCAAUGUUGAUGCUUCUGGUUUUUCUGGUGUCAUUAGUUUCAGUGGAAAUGGAAUUAAGUUAAGGCGUGGUUAUUCGAAAUCCCAUAAUGUUAUUUAUGUGUUUUCCACCUACAUUCAGGAGGAAUUGCAUCAGCAGAAAGAAGAGGAAAUGGAUGAUUAUUGUUCUCAGGUUCCAGUUAAGCACCUUGUCUUUAUGGUACCCAGUAUUGGUCAGAGGUUGGAGAAAUCUAAAUUGGUUGAUGAUGUCGGCAACUUUCGCCAUAUUACAGCAAUUCUUGCUGAACAACACCUUACUACAGACCAAUGUGGCACCCAGGGAGUUAUUUAUAUCCCUUGCCAAUGAAGAAAAGGUUUGAAGCUCAGUGGCGAAACUGCAGUUGAAAAGAUUACUUUAGAUGGUGUACAAGGUUUGCGUGUCAUGUUGAGUGCAACAGUUCAUGAUGUGUUACACUACAUGAGCCCCAUCUACUGUCAGGAUAUUAUCAACUCGGUUUCAAACCAAUUAAAUCUGUUAUAUCUGAAAUUUCUUAAACGAAAUCUUGGUUAUGAUGGAAAGGUUUCUAUAUAUGGUCAUUCCUUGGGAAGUGUCCUCUCGUAUGACAUCCUUUGCCAUCAAGAGAAUCUAUCAUCCCCGUUUCCAAUGGAUUGGAACAACAAGAUACUUGAAGAAUCUUCCCAUGCUAUGAACAAUAAACCUUCUAAUGGUGACUCUUCAACCGAUUUGAAGGGUAAAAGCUCCACUGAGACAAAUGAAACUAAGGAUAAGGUGGGGUCUGCUGACGAGGACAAGAUGGGUGUACAAUCAACUCAUCUAGAGCACCAGGAAGCACCUGCUAAAGAUUUUUCCUCUCUUGUGGGUACUGUCGUGUCAGAUACUGCAGCAGCUAUGGACUUUGAGCAAACAGCUAAAGAAGAUACUGAUCAAUUGGUUCAGAGUUCUAGUGACACAAUGUCAUCAGAUAUGGCUGCGGCUGAGGAAGAGUCCAAAGAUACAUGUGAUAAGGACAACAACACAAUUGAUCUUCUAAAGAAAGAGAUUGAUUCCCUGAAAGCCAAAGUAGCAGAGCUGGAAUCGUACAAUCAAGGUAGAGAUAAAAAUGAGUUACUUGCCAUUAAGCCAAAGCAACCCAUUUCUGAGAAGCUUGAACCUAUGCUAGAUGAUGAACCAAAGAGUUAUACCCCUUAUAUUAAGUGCACAAAGCUUGAAUUCAAGGUUGACACAUUCUUUGCAGUUGGAUCACCUCUUGGUGUUUUCCUUGCCCUUCGAAAUAUCCAUAUUGGAAUAGAGGCAGAAAAUGCCGAAGAAAGAGAAGAAAGAUCAUAUGGUGUUAUAAUGAUGGAGAGGCUAACUGGAAGUGUAGAAGGACGGAUAGAUCACAUGCUUCAGGAUAAAACAUUUGAACAUCCUUAUUUACAAGCCAUUGGAGCGCAUACAAAUUAUUGGAGGGAUUACGACACCGCCCUUUUCAUAUUGAAACACUUGUUUCGAGAUAUUCCUGAAGACCCUAACUCACCUGCAUCUUCAAGUGAAGACAACUCAAAGAGGGCUUCCAUCGGUUGGUCUGAUCAAAGAGAGACAGAAGAAGAACAACUUCCUCUGACAUUCUCCGACAGAAUGAUGUGGAAAGUAUUAUGGAUGUUGUGUUGUGGUUUCUUACACAGAGUAGAACCACUUGUUUGUAAAGAGUUCCUCACCAUACGUCCAGUUAUUAUCCCUUACCAUAGAGGUGGAAAGAGGCUGCAUAUAGGAUUCCAGGAAUUUACUGAAGAUAUAGCUGCUCACUCUCAGGCAAUAGUGGACCAGUUCAACUCUCUAAGGGCUAAAGUACUUACAGUUUGUCAAUCGAGAAAUGCAGAUGCCCUAGAAGAGGCAGAAAAUGCCGAAGAAAGAGAAGAAAGAUCAUAUGGUGUUAUAAUGAUGGAGAGGCUAACUGGAAGUGUAGAAGGACGGAUAGAUCACAUGCUUCAGGAUAAAACAUUUGAACAUCCUUAUUUACAAGCCAUUGGAGCGCAUACAAAUUAUUGGAGGGAUUACGACACCGCCCUUUUCAUAUUGAAACACUUGUUUCGAGAUAUUCCUGAAGACCCUAACUCACCUGCAUCUUCAAGUGAAGACAACUCAAAGAGGGCUUCCAUCGGUUGGUCUGAUCAAAGAGAGACAGAAGAAGAACAACUUCCUCUGACAUUCUCCGACAGAAUGAUGGUUAGAAACUUCUCGAGGAAGGCUAAUAAGUUUAUAAAGAAGCGCUGAUUAUAUCCGAACUCAACCUCCGUCGUUAACCAUUUGCUGUCACUAACCAUGCUGCGGCAUUGAGGGUCAUAGCAUUCAUUCAAUUGGGAUACUUUUCAGGAGACUCUUGACAUUUUUGUUGGUCUGGAUUUACACGAGUUAUCAAGUGGUAAAAUUUAGCACUCGAACAAUAGAUGAUGGUUAUGCAAGUGUUUGUUAAGUGUAGUGUCUGACACAGCAGAUUGCUUUAUUUCCUAGUUCUUUCUGCACAUAGGUAGGCGGAUGCACCAAAUCAAUUUACCAUAUAGAAAAUAUGUUACUUGUAGCAUAAUUUGUAAAAAUGGAGGUGUACAUAGAAUACAAUAAAAAGCUUUUAUGAUUUGUUGGAUUUGCUAAAUUAUAGCUAUGUUUAUUGGGUCAA